GUAGUAUCGACAUACACCUUAGAUAAAUUAGCGUAAACUAAGUAAGAUUAGAGUAUAGAUCAUGUUUAAUUUUGAGGCCAGAAAAAUCAGGCUUGCCGUCUUCGAGAGAAGAUGGCGGUCAGCGCUACCGUUUAAUGCAAAGAUAGCUAGCUAGCUCACUGGCUAACUAGCAAGCAAACAUUUUUUAAACUCUCCAAAGCCGAUAACGCUAGGCUGACGACUUUGUUAUGACUUUAACCAUAAUCACUCUACAUUAAGUAUUCAAUAUUAACAAACGACAUAUGAUUAGGUAACAUAGUAACGCCAGGUCUCGUAACAGUGAUGUUGACGUAUAUUUGGGAAUUGAGAUAUGCUAACUAGUUACGUCUCACAAGCUAACAUGAGCUUGUUUGCUAACUAGUCAGUUGGCAAGCUUUCUGUAAGUAGCAUAUCCUAAGAUGCCACACUCAAGACGGUAUCCGUCCUCAGACCGGGGCAGCCGGAGCAGUUACCAGGACAGGUAUCGAGACCGUGAUCGAGACAGGGAGAGGGACCGUGGGCGAAAGCAAAGGCAUCGCCGCUCACCUUCUUUCUCCACCAGUAGCGAGAGGGAGAAGAGGGGGCGAGCUCAUCGACAGGAUGGAGGUUGUGCACGUUCCAGGAGCUACGACAACCGCUCUGCAGAUCGGCGGCCAUACGAUCGGCGCUACUGUGAAGGUUACCGGCGCGUGGAACACAGUCGAGACCGGGACCGUGAGCACGGAGGGGUUUCGGCAGCUGACAGCUACUACGCACGAGACUUCUCGCCCAGCAACUACGACUAUCGGCGGGAGCGCGACCGCAGCGAGCGCGAUCAGUCCUAUCGGCGCAAGGGCAGCAGGCGUAAGCACAAACGAAGGCGACGUAGAACCAGGUCCUAUAGCCCAUCGUCCUCGCGGAGUGACAGCCGGACACGGGCGGUGUGUGUGAGGGACGACGAGGAGGGUCACCUGAUCUGUCGGACUGGCGACGUCCUGCAAGAGAGAUAUGAGAUUGUCAGCACUUUGGGCGAGGGCACCUUUGGCAGGGUGAUGCGCUGUAUUGACCACCGCAGAGGGGGCGCUCACGUGGCACUGAAGAUCAUCAAGAAUGUGGAGAAGUACAGGGAGGCUGCUCGUCUCGAGAUUAACGUCCUUGAGAAGAUCAAUGAGAAAGACCCUGAGAACAAGAAUCUGUGUGUCCAGAUGUAUGACUGGUUCGACUAUCAUGGCCACAUGUGCAUCAGCUUUGAGCUCCUGGCUCUUAGCACCUUUGAUUUCCUGAAGGAGAAUAACUACCUGCCUUACUCAAUUAGUCAUGUGCGCCACAUGGCCUACCAGAUUUGCCUCGCUGUUAAGUUUCUCCAUGAGAACAAGGUUACCCACACAGACCUGAAGCCAGAGAACAUUUUGUUUGUCGACUCGGACUUCACCAUGACUUAUAACGUUGAGAAGAAGCGUGAGGAGAGGACGGUGAAGAGCGCAGAAGUAAGGGUGGUGGACUUUGGCAGUGCCACCUUCGAUCAUGAGCACCACAGCACCAUCGUUUCCACCAGACACUACCGUGCCCCAGAGGUCAUACUGGAGCUGGGUUGGAGUCAACCUUGUGACGUCUGGAGCACUGGCUGCAUUCUGUUUGAGUACUACUUGGGAUUUACCCUCUUCCAGACACAUGACAAUAGAGAGCACUUGGCUAUGAUGGAGAGAAUUCUGGGACCAGUGCCUUCCAGGAUGAUCCGUAAAACCAGGAAACAGAAGUACUUCUACCGUGGCCGUCUUGACUGGGAUGAGAAUUCUUCAGCUGGCAGAUACGUCCGAGAGAACUGCAAACCACUUCGGCGGUACCUUUUGUCAGAGGCUGAGGAGCAUCACCAUUUCUUUGACCUGAUGGAAGGCAUGCUGGAGUAUGAACCCUCCAAGCGCCUGACCCUGGCUGCUGCUUUGCGACACCAGUUCUUUACCUCUGUACCCUCCAGUGACCAAACCACCGCCAAGAGCUGGGAGGGCAGCCGGGACAUCAGUCGGUGAUGCCUGUCUCCCCCGCCUCCGCCCUACCCACACACCAGCAUGCGUGCAGGAACUUAAGGUGGAACUCGAUUUUUGUGAAUGUUUUUAAUGGUCAACCUGAAGAAGAUGCAAAGAUGUUGGGUGGGCUACCUUAAGUUUGAAUGCUCACAUGGAACUGUUGACUCUUGGGGGGAGGUGUGGGUAGGCAUUUUCUUCCCGUCUUUUUUUUUUGUAUAAGCUGAACCCAUCGACUAUGACACUUAAGGUUCUCGCGUCUGAGUUCAAAGAGAUUUGUGGCACUCGCUCAGCUCGAGGCCUGUUCUAGCCAUUUGCUUCCACACUAUGGGGAGACAUAUCAAAAAUGGAAUGGCUUAAGCUGUGAUUUAAGGUAGAGCUGAACUGUGGGAGUAGGUUUUCCUGACCCCGGUGAAGGAAACCUUGUCUGGAGUAGACAGAGUGAGGUAGAGAAGUUCUAUAACCUUUCACCGUCCGAAAGCUCUCGGAUCCAGACUGAGAGAAGUGAGUGGCAUGUGGAUGCUGUCCACAAGCAGCCAGGCUUGAGUGUUCCUGUCAGACUGGUGGAGGAGCAAGAUGCCAUCCUUUACCUGUUCUUAGUUCUUCCAAACAUGACAUCAGACAAACAGAAAAGGAUUUUAACUGAUCACUCCAGCCCAUCCUAUUCAGAUUAAUAACUACAACUUUUAAUGUCUGACCUUUCUUCCUGUUUUUUGGCUCUGUGUCUUUUGGAUGUUGGGAUGGGAAUAUUGGCCCAAAUAGUUGCUUCCCUUCAUAGUAGACACUUUGAGGGGGUAUUGUCCUUUUGCAGUGCCUAUGGCUCCUUCCAUUUGGUUGCAAAGUAACUCUUUGUUCAAAUUGUUAUUGCGAAGCACACUGCAUACGACCGGUAUAUGCCAUGGGAGUCAGCACCAACCCUGGCUCAUAUGGGCCAAACUAGCAGCAGUUGUGCUGUAAGUUGGUAUAAACAAGCUAAAUGGAAUGGGUCCUCUUUUUCUGUGUGGCACACUAUCUCCCACCAACACACCUGAACAGUGGCAUCACAAAUUAGCCUCAAGCCAGUAUGGCUGUUAACGCCAUGCUAGAGUGCACGCUCAACACGCAUAAUAGCCUUUUGUAGCAGUAGCCCAGUGCGUGGGUGUGUCCAGGCCUAAGGUGUACAGUCCCAACACCCCUGAACACGCAGCGCACAUUUACAGUAUUUAUUUUGGUCAAGCUGAUCUGGAUGUCUUUCUUUUCUUUCCCUGUUUUUCCUGUUUUUGUUUCGUUUUUUUUUUUGUAUGCAAUGAAUUGUAUAAAAAUGUAUAUAGAAAUGAAUAUGUACUUAUGUAUGGUUGUAUGACAGUAGAAUAAAGAUGCCCUGCUCUAACCUGGGCGAAAUGAGAUUGUCUCAGGUGUCGGCGGGCAAAUGUUUUGUUUUUA